CUUACUUGACUGCCAACAAGAACACAAACACAGUAAAAGUAAAGGAAACAUGGCGUCAACAGUACAGCUACCCGAGCCAAAUCUCAUCACACGCCAAGACCUGGAGCAGAGGAAAAUUCCAUUCACGAUCAACGACAUACUGCCUGCAGUACCACAGGCCAGCAGCAACUCGUCUCUGGCCAGUCAGCCCAGUCCUCCUCUGUCAGUAACCGAGUCCGAUUCAUCCGCCGAGAGAGAUUCGAGACCUCAGACGCCAGACUCGGACCCAGCCCCUGACAAAGCGACCAAGCCUCGGCGCUCAUUCUUUUCCGCUGACCAGGUGAGCCAGUUGGAGCGCGUGUUCGCCGCACGGCAGUACGUAUCGGCCAAGGAGCGCGCGGAGAUCGCCGAGACACUCAACAUGACCGACGACCAGGUCAAGAUCUGGUUCCAGAACAGGCGAGUGAAACGCAAGAGAAAGCGCGCCGAGGAGACUGAGUACUACACAAAGCUAGCACUGUACAACACAGCGAUAGAACCACAGCCAACCCAAGGCUUCCGCCCAUAUCCAGGACCUCCCCCAGUACUAUCACCACAGGUAUACCGCGGCUAUCCGUUCCAGUACCCAGGCACACCACCACCACCGAUGUACCCAGCCUUCCCGCCCAGUUUCCCUCUCAGCCCGCCACCGGAGUAUCCUGGGCUUCCUGUGUCGUCACCUGGACGGGUGUGCAACAGACCCGACUGCAACUGCGGGGGGCGACCGCUGAACGAAAUGGCUGCACAGAUGUACGACCUCUACCCAUGAUUUUUUUAAAAAUAAGGAAUUACAUAGAUUUUAUGCGUAUAGAAAGAAUUAUAUAAACGAUUUCCUAUCCCGUGUAAAUAGCUAUUUUUUUAUUUUUAAUAAAUGCUUUUAGCCGUAGUUUUCAGUAUUAUUUUCAUAGACGCACAGAAUAAGUUUAAAGCUUGGAGGGGAAAAAUAAAAGGCGCUUUUGGCG